UUCAUUUCAAGUUUUUUUUGGUUGAAUGUUAUGAGUUAUGAUAUUUGGAAAACAAUUGGAUCUGUACAAAAUUGUGGAUUUAGAUGUAAAAAAAUGAGAUUAUUUGUUUACUCAUUUUAUGUUUGGGGAUCAACAAGUGUCUUGACAAUUGUCAUUGUUAUCAUUGAAUUUUCACCAAAAAUACCAGACUAUUUUAUAAAGCCUGGUCUAAAUAAUGGCCAUUGUUGGUUUACAAGUAUUCACUUGGCUGGAGAAUAUAUUUUUUUUACUGGUCCAAUGGGUAUUAUAAUAUUCUUCAAUAUAUUAUUUUUCAUUUUGUCAUUUAUAAAAGCACGUAAUAUUAAAAGGAAUUUAAUUAAUCAUACAAAUAGACAAGACAGUCAACGUCAUGAUGAUAAUUCUCAAUGGUUUUAUCUGUGUUUCAAGCUAUCAAUCGUCACAGGAAUUUGUUGGUCUUUUGAAAUUAUUUCAAAAAUAUAUCUAGAUAUAUUUGAAGGCCAUGGAUGGCUGUGGAUUAUUCCAGAUUUAUUUAAUACAUUACAAGGUUUAAUAAUUUUUAUAAUAUUUGUAUGCACAGGUAAACCAAAAAAACAAAUAUUAAAAAUUUUUUUUACCACAAAAAAUAAGUUAAUUCAAUAA